GUCAUAAAUAGCUUAAGGGUCAGAUUGCAAACUGCGUUUAACUUAAUCCUUCUCGUUACUUUACACGGCCCGUUCUAUCACUUUUCUAUGCCCCUACUCUUCGCGGAUAAUAUGCAUUCCAGGAAAAGACUCUGCGCGCCUAUCUACUUUGAACCUCAAACGAUAAAGGAUUCAGCUUUGAAAAAGCUUGAUGCACUGCAGAGUCUCGAACGGAGUCAAGAAUGGGUUGAUGAUUCUACAAUAUUCUUGAACGAGGAUGGCUCUUUCUCACAUGAAGUGAUUGCAGAAGGAUCCUUUAAAGCGCGUACGCAGAAAGUUUCUCUAUUCAUGGCCAAACUCUUUUCCUCGCCAGGAUCUGAAGACUCAAAAGAAGAACUGAGACUGCGUAGGGCUCGACGUCGACUGCUGGUCUCACUUCUUGCGCAUGCGUGGCUCUGGGGAAGGCCCAGAGUGUUAGACAAUCGCGGCAAUCCGGUCCCUUUCGAUGGAAGGACAGUAUUAGACCCCCAGGCUAUCAUGAAUUUCCUUGCUGAUGUUCGGGCUCGCAAGGCGAGUUGUACCUACGAAGAAAUACGAAAGUUUCUGAAGGCGGAUGUACAAGAG